AUGACGGAACCAACAGAACCAGGGUCAUUAAAAAGAACGAUGCCACCGGAUUUACAGAAGGAAGUCGAAGAAAUACAGACAAAAACACAAAGAACUACAGGUUCUCCGGGAGAUUUAGAUGAGGAGAAGAAAAGAUGGCUGAUCGUUGGAAUAUGUCUACAUUCACUUAUUUCUCCUCUGUUGAGAAAAUAUGUUUAUUGUAUUGUUAGUUCCUUGUAUAGAUCUCUGGUCUAUAGAAAAUACAUCAAUAUACAAGGACCGGAUACAUAUCUAUGCAAGUUUCCAGCUACAAAUACAUAUUAUCUUAAUUAUGGAUCAAUCAACAACAACUACAUUAAUUGGAAACAUGAUACACAUAUGUAUGAUUAUAAAGUAAGGAGCCAUGUAGAUUUGUCAAAGUUAUUUCUACAACCUAAUAUGACUCAUUACUCUGCAAUUGAUGAAUCAUGUGACGCAUCUGCUCUGUUAGGAAUGAUCACUAAUAUCAGUUUAUUUCCACCAGCUGUUCAGACUGUUGCCAAAAAGAUAAAAUCAGACAUACGUAAUAAAUGGGCACAUUGUGACUUCAAAGAUUGGAAUGCUGCAACAUAUGAAGACUCCUUCAAUUCGAUGACACAACUUGUUAAAAACGUUGGAACGAGUAGCACAGAGGAGCACAAAAUAUUGGGCGAACUUAAUACAUGGGCAACAAAUGGUCAAAAUUUAAUUAGUGGACUAAAACUCGGUAUAGAUAUAGUGGAUGAAAUUCGUCAACAAACACACAUUCUAAGUGAAUAUGCACUGACACUACGUACAGUAACUGAUAUUGAACGGAACAAUCUACAAACAGAAUUAAACAAAUUAAAAGAUGAUUUACAGGAAAGAAUGAGUGAUGUGGAAAGGCAAAGUAAGAAGAAUGCUGAAGAUAUAGCUGACCAUGGACAAGAAAUAAGAGAAUGGGAGCAAGACCGAACUGCAUUUUUGGAAACCAGAGCAACGCGUCACAUUCUGGAAUCUCUACCCUCGCAUAACUGUAUUGUUGUGACAGGAAGCUCGGGAUGUGGUAAGUCUUCAACCAUACAUCAUGCUGCCCUACACUUACGUGACAGUUUGGAAUAUGAGAUAAUACCAGUGUUAACAGGACCAACAGACAUAAUGAAUUAUUACAAUAGAGACAAAAAACAAGUGUUUGUUGUAGAUGACAUAUUUGGAAAGGAAACAAUCAACACUCAAACACUACAGAUGUGGAGAGAUUAUUCAGAAAAAUUGGGCAAAAUAUUUGGAGUUGCAGAAACAGAUGUUAGAAGUAUAAGUGAUGGCACGGUUUCCAAGAUAUCAAAUCCAAGAUUACUGAUUUCUUGUAGACUGCAUAUAAAUAAAGAAUCACAGUUUCAACGUAUUGCAUUGUUCACUAAAAAAGUAUUCAAUUUAUUAUCACCCGCGUUGUGUCUGCUGGAAGUUGAAAGAAUGCAUAUGCUGCACAAGUAUCUUCCUGAUGACAUAAUUGACAAUAUAAAACAAGUCAAGGAUAAUGUUGAUUACUUUCCCUUGCUUUGUAAAUUGUCAAAAGACAAAACAUGUGAGGAAGUGGAGAAACUAUUUACAGCUCCAUUGGACAGUAUUAAAACAGACAUAAUCACAAUUAUUGAUACAAACAAAGAACACUUCUGUGCUCUUGUUCUGUGUAUUGUUUUUAACGAUGGAUUUGAUACAGAUUGGCUUAAAUUAGGAUCAGUGUCAGAAAAAGAAAAAAAGGACAAACUUGAGCACAUUGUCAAAGAAUUUGACAUAGACUUAAGCAAAGAGAGGCAUAGAAAUUCUCUAAAAGCUGGCUUUUCAACAUUACAUGGCACAUAUUUCAAACUGAGAGGCACAGAGUACAGAAUGAUACAUGACAAAAUCCAUGAAAUGGCAGCUGUAAUCUGUGGACAACACCUUACCGAAUGUUUUAUCAAAUAUGCUACUCCUGAAUUUAUUCAGGAUCAUUUCAUCCUCGAAUCUUUAACAGAAAUUCAAGAAAAGGAUGAUUUAAUAGUACUAUUGAAAGAUCAAGAAGAAGAUUAUUUUGAACGACUGUUAUGUGAUUUAAAAGAGCAUGCCGUUACAAGCACAUUCAAUAAUGCACAGUUAAUUAGUCAGACAUUUAGAGAUAAGUUAAUAAGCUUUUUAAGAAAGAGUGAUGUAAAAACAGUUUUAAAGAGCUUUGAUACAGACAGUUGUAUUAUAGACAAUAAUUAUGAUGAACUAGAAUAUAGAGAUAAGAAGAAACACUUUAAUACGACACCUUUAAUAGAAUCAGCAACAAGGGGAUACUUUGAUAUCGUUGAAUUUCUAAUUGUUAAUGUUAAAUGUAAUGUGAAUAACACAGACGAAAGAGGCCAUUCUCCUUUACAUAAGGCAUCUGAAAGAGGACAUACAGCUGUAGCUAAACUAUUAUUAGAGAACAAUGCUGAUGUCUCUCGGGAUAACAACUAUAAAAUGUCUGCAUUGUAUGCAGCCUGUGCAGGAGGACAUAAAGAUACAGUAGAACUGUUACUUCAGAACAAUGCUGAUGUCAAUCAGUGUAAUAAGGAUGGAAUAUCUCCAUUGUAUGUGGCCUGUAAAGGAGGAUAUAAAGAUACAAUAGAACUGUUACUUCAGAACAAUGCUGAUGUCAAUCAAUGUUAUAAAUAUGGAACACCUCCGUUGUGUGUGGCCUGUACAGGAGGACAUAAAGAUACAGUAGAACUGUUACUUCAGAACAAGGCUGAUGUCAAUCAGUGUAAUCGGUAUGGACAGUCUCCAUUGUAUGUGGCCUGUAAAAGAGGACAUAAGGAUAUAGUAGAACUGUUACUUCAGAAUAAUGCUGACGUCAAUCAGUGUGAUUAUCGUGCUGAGUCUUCAUUGUUUAUUGCAUGUACAAGAGGACAUACAGAUACCGUUGAAUUUUUACUUCAGAACAAUGCUGAUGUCGCGCAGUGUAAUCAGAAUGGUGAGUCUCCAUUGUAUGUGACCUGUUAUGGAGGACAUACAAAUACAGUAGAACUGCUACUUCAGAACAAUGCUGAUGUCAAUCAGUGUGGUGAGUAUGGAACAACUCCUUUGUGUGCGGCCUGUAAAGGAGGACACACAAAUACAGUAAAGGUAUUACUUCAGAAUAAUGCUGACGUCAAUCAGUGUAAUAAUCGAGUAGAGUCUCCAUUGUUUAUUGCAUGUCAAGGAGGACAUAAAAAUACAGUUGAACUGUUACUUCAGAAUAAUGCUGACCUCUCUCAGUGUGAUUAUACAGGUGAGUCUGCAUUGUAUGUUGCCUGUGCACACGGACAUAAAGAUACAGUAGAACUGUUACUUAAGAAUAAUGCUGAUGUAUCUAAGUGCAACAGUUGCGGUAUGUCUCCAUUAUAUGCGGCAUGUAAAUCUAGACGUAAAGAUACAGUAAAUCUGUUACUGCAGAAUAAUGCUGAUGUCUCUCAGUGUGAACAACAAGAUGGAAAGUCACCUUUACAUGUUGCUUGUGAACUUCAUAGGUCUGACACAUUUUGGGAUCCGAAGAUACUUUGCUACUUUGGAUAUUUAAAACCUGACGAUGAUAAACUCGAAGAGAGAGAUCAUGGUUACCAUGAAAUUGUGAAACUAUUACUUGCCUGUAAUGCAGAUGUUAGCUUGUCCGAUAAGAAAGGAAUGACACCACUUGAUUAUGCCCGAUAUGUAAGAAACAGUCCUUUAUUAUCAUAA